CCAACGAAAACAGCAAGUGGGCACCCGCGCGGCGCUCUUCAGUCAUCCCUGAGCCCCCGCAGGGAGAGGUCGUCUGAGUGUCGGUGUGGAGUGCGGCCGCGUGGUGGUGCUGCUUCCCGUCUCACCUGUUAAUUGUCCGGCCCAGGUGACCUCGCUGCAAGGCCGACGUGAGCACCGCCAUGGGGAUGCUCAAGGGGAAGUACGCCACGUGUCCCCUCAAGAAACGGCCCCUCUCCCUCACCUUUGCGGAAACAGCAGAGGAAGGCACUGUCGAGCAGACGGAGCCCGAGGACCUCAGCGUCAGGUGUGUCAGGGAUGCCACCUCCACGCCCCUACCGGAGCCAGUGUUCAGCCACAAGCAGGGCACGAGCUCGCCGGACACGCCUCAGCAAGACACGGCAGCGCAGAGCCAACAAGACUUUGACUCACGGGAGGAGGGCGGUCCCGACACAAUAGCAGGAGGCGCAGGAAGGGAGAAUUGUCCUCCUAACCAGGCCAGCCCCCCGCCUCGUGGCGCUCAUCAGGAGCGACACGCCCAGGCACGCACUUCAGCCAGUCAGCCGGAUUCCCCCCUCCCCGUCACCCGAGCCUCUCCUAUCCUGGUUAGCGGCGGGAAUGUGCCGUCACCCGGGCCCUGCAGGGAGUCCCCUCACGUCCGCGCCAUGCAGGCCUUGGCCACCUGUCUGGACGCUCGCCCAGCGAAUCGAAGCUUACACAACGCCGCCGCCGCCGCCGUCAGCAGCAGCAGCAGUGGUCUCGCGGACACUCUGAAGCCAAAGGAGUAUCAUUCCCAUGGUGACUUGACCAACAAGGUCAUGAUGCAGCAUCCUCCCCUUACCCCCGGCUUGGCCCCGCCGCUCCUCGCCGGAUGGGACAAUCCGCGUGUCCCCGCUCACCAAACCAUCGAGCCAACGGAACACUUGGUGACGCCUCCACAAAGGUUUUUUGAGGCAACGGAGGCGGGUCGAGCACCGGAACACAGCCCCUCCUCAGUGGCCGCGUCUCGCCCACACAGACCUUGGCUGACCGAAGACCCUCCCAGACCAAAUGUGUUUCGCUCCUUCCCCACCAUGCCUUCCAUACCACAUCCGGGGCAACAGCGGCAUUUACUCUCUCCCGCCAACUUCUGGAACGGAAUGGUGCCCCUGAGCUGGCCGCUGCCCCAUAUGCUUCCCCCAAACCCUCCGCCCUCCCCGGGAAGACAUGGCAGGGAGUGCGGGUCGCCGGGGUCAGAAUCAGCAUCUAGUGAGGGCAGCAGCGGCGGCGGGCGAGGGGAGGCGCGCUACACCUGCUCAGACUGCGGCAAGGCGUACUCGACCUACUCCGGCCUCAGCAAGCACAAACAGUUCCACUGCGCCGCUCUGGGCACCAAGUCCUUCGCUUGCAAGAACUGCGAGAAAGUGUACACUAGUCUGGGCGCCCUCAAGAUGCACAUCCGCACCCACACGCUGCCCUGCAAGUGCCAGCUGUGCGGCAAGGCCUUCUCGCGGCCCUGGCUGCUGCAGGGACACAUCAGGACCCACACAGGGGAGAAGCCCUUCCAGUGCCCGCAGUGUGACCGCUGCUUCGCCGACCGCAGCAACCUGCGGGCCCACCUCCAGACCCACGCCGACGUCAAGAAGUACGCGUGCGGCACCUGCCACAAGACCUUCUCCCGGAUGUCGCUGCUCAACAAGCACACGGAGGCCGCCUGCCCCGCCCUUCACCGGCCGGGACACCCAUGACAUCCUCAGGCUGCAGGAGUUGUUGACACAGCUGACCGCCAGACUCGUGCCGCCCAAGCUCUAGGGACAGGUCUGCCAGCAGCCAAGGGCUGCAUUUGGUAACUUUUUAUCGAUUUGCCAACAUACCUUUGCUGUCAUACUAAUGCGGGAACUUCCAACGAAAAACUAAAUCGUAUAUACAGUUUUUUAGAAGGAAUUGUAGACAUCUAGUUUUCUGAUUUUUAUGAUGAUCAUCCUUUUUUAAUAACCACGGAAAUUUCUUUAUUUCCUACGGAGGAAGCCACAUUAGAUAAUAUAAAGGUAAAUAGUGAUUAACUUGGUCAUCUGUGUCACACUGGCCCCUGAACCUGUGGCGGGAAAUAAUCCAUUACCCCGGGCACAGGGCAGGUGUGACAUCUGGGUUACAUAAGAACAUAGGGAAACUGCAAGAGGCCGGGUAGCCUACACAGGGCAGCUCCAGAAUCCCCCCCACUACUCACGAUGGGUGAGGUGUAGUUUCAGGGGUUACAAGUAGAGGCUUGAUCCUCGUUUACCUUCGGUACGGGCGUACGCUCCAGCACCCUGUCCUUACUGCACCCACACCUCACUGCCUCCUGUCAUCCUCGUCCAUGUAGCUAUCCAGUCUACUCUUAAAACAAGCUAUCGUCCCUGCACUAACUAUGUGAUUGCUGAGUUUAUUCCAUUCCCCCACCACCCUAUUACUAAACCAAUGCUUGCCUAUAUCUCCUAAAUCUAUACUUUUCUAAUUUAAAUACAUUACUGCGAGUUCUAUCCUGCUGGCUAAUUCUCAGUACCACAGUUUACCUUCCCAAAGUUUCCCCAGGUUACUCCUUUAAGGACAAAGUCCCGGUGCAAGAUAGGAACUCAGGCCCGCGGAUUCGUAUAUCGGCGUACGGAGGCGCACUAUAAAAAAAGACAAAUGACUUUAUUCGAGUAUCCCAUCAUACAUCACGCUGAUAGUUUUUAGUUGCAUUUACGUUAAUGCCACUAGUAUGACAGUUCUAUGUAGUCUGUAAGGCAAUCAGUAAAUGUGUCCAAGUGCAGUACAUUGAUUCGGGUUCUAAUUGUUGACUCACUGUCAUCAGCCUUGAAUAUUUUCUUAUAUGUAAGCACGAAAGAAGGUAUGACCUGUUCAAGAAAAUAUGGAAUACUUCAAAAAUACAUUCACGGGAUGAGGGUCCGCGCGUCAGUGUGGGGGCGGCGCGGCGGCUGGCGGCGCCGUCGCCUUAGUCCCGUUGCCGCCGCCGCCGCCGCCAGGUCACGCACAAUAGUCGUAAGGCAGAAAUAUUUUCCUACGUGCUCGAAGCUCACCGUCAAAUCUAGUCCUUUAGUGUAGAUUUUUUACUGUUUUGUUAAAUCUUAAAUAAAUUAUUUUUUUACAAUA